GCGCGGUGUCUGACCGGAGGCCAUGGUGACCGCCGUGUUCCUGCACCCGGACCUGGGCAUCGGCGGCGCCGAGCGGCUGGUGGUGGACGCGGCGCUGGCGCUGCGCUCCCGCGGCUGCCGGGUGGAGAUCUGGACGGCUCACCACGACCCCCAGCACUGCUUCUCGGAGACGCGGCCGAGCGGCGGCCUGAAGGUGGUGUGCGCCGGGGACUGGCUGCCCCGCUCUGUGCUGGGCCGAGGCCACGCCCUGUUCGCCUGCCUGCGGAUGCUGUACCUGACCUGCUGCCUGGUCUUCCUCAGCGGCCUCGAGUUCGACAUGGUUUUCUGCGACCAGGUGUCGGCCUGCAUCCCCGUGCUCAAGUUGUGCAGGAGGCCCAAGAAAGUGCUCUUCUACUGCCACUUCCCCGACCAGCUCCUCACCCAGAGGAGCAGCAUCUUCAAGAGGCUGUACCGGCUCCCCAUCGACUGGCUGGAGGAGUACACCACCGGCCUGGCCGAUCUUAUCGUAGUCAACAGCAAGUUCACAGCCGGCGUCUUCAAGCAAACCUUCAAGUCUCUGAGCCACCUGGACCCUGAUGUCCUUUACCCAUCUCUGAACUUCGCCGCCUUUGACAAUGACCCCGCUGACCUGAGCGGUCUGGUCCCAGCCCAGAAGAAGUUCAUCUUCCUUUCCAUCAACAGGUACGAAAGGAAGAAGAACCUGCCUCUGGCCAUGGAGGCGUUGCACGAUCUGCGUGGCAGGUUGACUUCUGGAGAGUGGGAGAAGGUCCACCUGGUCAUGGCAGGCGGUUAUGACGAAAGGGUUUUGGAAAACGUUGAGCAUUACAAGGAGCUGAAGGAAUUGGCGAGGAGAUUGGAUCUGUCUGAUGCAGUGACUUUUAUCAGGUCUUUUUCAGACACGCAGAAGAUUUCCCUUCUCCAUCGAAGCACCUGUGUGUUGUACACACCGAGCAAUGAACACUUUGGGAUUGUUCCCUUGGAGGCCAUGUACACAAGGUGUCCAGUCAUAGCAGUGAAUUCAGGCGGUCCUCUCGAGUCUGUAAUAGACCGUGUUACGGGUUUGCUCUGCGAACCAUCGGCAAACUGUUUUGCGGAAGCCAUGGAGAAAUUUAUAAACAUUCCCAGUCUUCGAGCACAAAUGGGAGAAGCUGGAAGAACUAGAGUCCUAGAAAAAUUUUCUUCAUAUGCUUUUACAGAACAGUUAUACCAAUAUGUGUGUAAAUUAACACAAUAAAAAGUUCACCACAGUGGUUUACAACAGUAAUAAUGUUUAAAAACCAUUACAGAUUUGCACUGAAGAGAGUGGGAUCUGAUUUUUGAUGUUUGGGAAUAAAGAGCUGUUCUUGUAAA